CGCCAUCACCAACCCUAGUUUUUCGUUUAUAUAUAAACCCCUAAAUUCUCUCUUAGCUUAAUCACACAAGCAUUAAUCGAUCUCUCUCCCCCCUCGUCUCUUUCUUGCAAUCGCCUUCGUCAUCUGUGCACGAUCUGACAGCGCUCUCUAAUUUUUCUCAAUCGUUGUUUGAUUCUUUAAUUGCUAUUUCUGUUGAUUGCUUUCUUUACCUAACCUCUUUUUUGCAGGAUUUUCUAAUUUCUCUAUCUUUGUUUAUAUAUAUCUUUGUUGUUACUAAAGUUAUGGAUGCAGGAUCUGUAAGUUCUUCAGCUACCAAGUCACAAUCACGAUGCCCCCUUCAGGAGCAAUUCCUUCAAAGAAAAAAUUCUCGUGAAAAUUUGGAUAGAUUCAUACCAAAUAGAUCAGCGAUGGAUUUUGAUUAUGCUCAUUACAUGCUAACCGAAGCAAAAAAAGGUAAGGAAAAUCCAAUGGCCAGCUCACCUUCUAAGGAAGCGUACAGGAAGCAUUUGGCGGAGAGCUUUAACAUGAACAGAACAAGAAUUCUAGCCUUCAAGAACAAGCCUCCAACCCCAAUGGACGCAAUUCCUUCUGACUGCUCUACUUCCGUUCAACACUCAAAACCUGCAAAAGCCCGUAGAUACAUUCCCCAGACUUCCGAAAGGACAUUGGAUGCUCCUGAUCUUGUGGAUGAUUACUACUUGAAUUUAUUGGAUUGGGGAAGCAGCAAUGUCUUGGCGAUAGCUCUAGGGAGCACAGUGUAUCUAUGGGAUGCUACUGAUGGUAAUACCUCAGAGCUCGUUACUGUAGAAGAUGAGGCUGGACCUGUCACAAGUGUCAAAUGGGCACCCGAUGGACGCCACAUCUCUGUGGGCUUAAACAAUUCCGAUGUCCAGCUCUGGGAUUCUACAUCAAACAGACUGCUGAGAACACUGAAAGGGUGCCACCAAUCUCGAGUUGGAGCUCUGGAUUGGAACAACCAUAUCUUGACAACAGGAGGAAUGGAUGGGCAGAUUGUGAACAACGAUGUUAGAAUCAGAUCGCAUAUAGUCGAUACUUACAGCGGCCACCACCAAGAAGUCUGCGGGCUGAAAUGGUCUGCUUCAGGGCAGCAGUUAGCCAGUGGUGGAAACGACAACCUUCUUCACAUAUGGGACAGAUCAACGGCUUCCAGUAAUUCUCCAACUCAAUGGCUUCAUAGACUGGAGGAUCACACAGCUGCAGUGAAAGCUCUUGCAUGGUGCCCAUUCCAGGGUAACCUUCUUGCUUCAGGAGGCGGAGGUGGUGACAAGUGUAUAAAGUUUUGGAACACGCACACUGGCGCUUGCUUGAACUCGGUGGACACAGGGUCGCAGGUGUGUGCUCUUUUGUGGAACAAAAAUGAACGUGAGCUGUUGAGCUCUCAUGGGUUUACACAGAACCAGUUGACUCUUUGGAAGUACCCGUCGAUGGUUAAGAUGGCGGAGCUUACAGGACAUACGUCUAGAGUUCUUUUCAUGGCACAGAGCCCGGAUGGAUGUACAGUUGCAUCUGCUGCAGGAGAUGAGACGUUGAGAUUUUGGAAUGUUUUUGGGAGCCCGGAAGUGGCUGCAAAAGCUGCCCCCAAGGCUGCCCCUGAGCCGUUUGCUCACUUGAACCGCAUUCGUUGAUAAGUACAUACAUUAUGAUACAUAUUUAAUCAUGUAAUGGCAAUGGAUUGAAUGAAGAACAGCCUGAUCAGAAUGGAUGCAUCUCGUUGAAGGACUUUUAAAGAUAUGGAUCAGGCUUGGAUCGAAUGAAGAACAAACAGCCGGAAUCAAAAUGGCCAGGUUACAUGAUGAUGAUGAGAUGUGGCAUUAGUUUGGUAAAGAUAAAGGCCAAGUUGAUUUUCUGGAUAUAUAUUUCCAGCCAUCAAUAAAAUGAUGCAGCAAGGAGGAUUUUGACUUUAGAGCUUUUGGAGAAGAUAUUAAACUCAUUCAAGGACUUUGACUUGCGAGCUUUUGAAGAAGAUAUGAAACUCAUUCAAGGAUUUUGAUUGAUAACUUGUUUCUCACCAUGUGUGAUGAAAUUAUCAUUCUAUACUUGUACAAGAAAACAUUUUCAGAUUUUAAUUUAGCAAACUUGUAAUUCAUGUAGCAAUCUAACCAACAAAGAAACUGUAGCUUGUUUCUUCCAUUUCCAUGACAAUUUUGUGCAACAACUUCAAGUUGAGUGGUAAAGGAGAAAACAGGUUCACAAUCAA